UUAAGGCCGGGCGCGGGGCGCGGCCGCCGCAGCCCGGGCGGGAGGGAGGCGACGGAGGAGGGCGGGAGGCAGCGGCGGGGCGGCGGCACCGGCACCAUGCGUGAGAUCGUGCACAUCCAGGCCGGGCAGUGCGGCAACCAGAUCGGCGCCAAGUUCUGGGAGGUGAUCAGCGACGAGCACGGCAUCGACCCCACCGGCAGCUACCACGGGGACAGCGACCUGCAGCUGGAGAGGAUCAACGUCUACUACAAUGAAGCCACCGGUAACAAGUACGUCCCCCGUGCCAUCCUGGUGGACCUGGAGCCCGGCACGAUGGACUCGGUGCGCUCCGGCCCCUUUGGGCAGAUCUUCCGACCAGACAACUUUGUCUUCGGACAGAGUGGGGCUGGCAACAACUGGGCCAAGGGGCACUACACUGAGGGCGCCGAGCUGGUGGACUCUGUGCUGGACGUGGUGAGGAAGGAGUCGGAGAGCUGCGACUGCCUGCAGGGCUUCCAGCUGACCCACUCGCUGGGCGGCGGCACCGGCUCGGGCAUGGGCACCCUGCUCAUCAGCAAGAUCCGCGAGGAGUACCCCGACCGCAUCAUGAACACCUUCAGCGUCAUGCCCUCCCCCAAGGUGUCGGACACGGUGGUGGAGCCCUACAAUGCCACCCUUUCUGUGCACCAGCUGGUGGAGAACACGGACGAGACCUACUGCAUCGACAACGAGGCCCUGUACGACAUCUGCUUCCGCACCCUGAAGCUCACCACUCCCACGUACGGGGACCUCAACCACCUGGUGUCGGCCACCAUGAGCGGCGUGACCACCUGCCUCCGCUUCCCCGGCCAGCUGAACGCCGACCUGCGCAAGCUGGCGGUCAACAUGGUGCCUUUCCCCCGGCUGCACUUCUUCAUGCCGGGCUUCGCCCCCCUGACGAGCCGCGGCAGCCAGCAGUACCGCGCCCUGACGGUGCCCGAGCUCACGCAGCAGAUGUUCGACUCCAAGAACAUGAUGGCCGCCUGCGACCCCCGCCACGGCCGCUACCUGACGGUGGCGGCCAUCUUCCGCGGCCGCAUGUCCAUGAAGGAGGUGGACGAGCAAAUGCUCAACGUGCAGAACAAGAACAGCAGCUACUUCGUGGAGUGGAUCCCCAACAACGUCAAGACGGCCGUCUGCGACAUCCCGCCGCGCGGCCUCAAGAUGUCCGCCACCUUCAUAGGCAACAGCACGGCCAUCCAGGAGCUCUUCAAGAGGAUCUCGGAGCAGUUCACGGCCAUGUUCCGCCGCAAGGCUUUCUUGCACUGGUACACCGGCGAGGGCAUGGAUGAAAUGGAGUUCACCGAGGCCGAGAGCAACAUGAACGACCUGGUCUCAGAGUACCAGCAAUACCAGGAUGCCACUGCUGACGAGCAGGGUGAAUUUGAAGAGGAGGGAGAAGAGGAUGAAGCGUAAAGUGGUAAUGGGUAGGAGUAAAGUAUAGUCUGAGCAGGCAAGUGUUCAUUGAGAGGAGAAAUCUGUGCAGUUGUGCUGAAGCAUGCAUUUCUUUAAUUUGGUGCUCUCCACUGUUGCUUCUGUCAGCAGUUUUGUAUCCUUGACUGUCCAAUGUAACAGUAGUUGCAAAAAUACUUCAGAGUCUUCUGUUGAAAUGGUUAACUUCUCAAACAUAAAGGCUUUUUGUGUUCUAAA